AAGGGGCUCUCUCCCGCGUUCCCUCCACACUUCAUUUGUUUUCCUGUCACGACGCGAAUUAUUUACUGAUGGAAAUCGCAUUUAACAGCCAUGUCAAGUACUCGUUCUAGUAGUGGCGGUGUGCGAAAUCUACGCGCCAUGUUUGAGCAAAGCAACAACGAAUCUUCUACGUCCCAUAGCCCUGUGCGAUCGCCUCUUGGCCUCGAUGGCCAAGCUGCAAGCGGCGCUGAUGGAGACCGUCCCACCAACAGAGUCCGCGCAAGCUUUGUCUCUGUCGGACCUAGCGAGCCGGUCGAGGAGCAAUCAGGAAAGGGACGUAAAAACAGUGGAUCUGAAUCCAUGUCUGCCAGACGCGGAAGCUUUUGUGCUCAUCAGGAGUCAGACCCAGGCAUCAUUGAAGAUGCCAAGGAGACUGUAGGGCACGAAUUCCAGGAGAGACGGAAGAGUGUCAUUAUAGAUGAGAUUAUCCCUGAGAGUGCCCUUGAGGCUACCCCUGCAGCCACUCCCAUUGUUGAAUUGCCGGAGCAUCCUCUCAAAAGCAGCGCUCUAGAGGAGGAGAGCUCAUCGACAGAUACGCUCGCUGGAGAAGCCUCGCCGUCCGUGAACAUGGACAAGCCAGUUUCUGCACAGCAAGACGAAGAUGCGAAGCUGCUUCCAGCCGAUCCCAAAGACGAGGCGGUAGUUGAUGGGAAUGCGGCAAUUCCCCAGCCAGUGAACGAGCCUCAAGAGUCUCAUAAAGAGUCAGAGGCAAUCUCCAAACCACUUGAAGAGCCGCCCGUCGGCACCACAAAACAAAAUGCGACUCCUCAAUCUCCCCAGCCCCUUCCGGCUGAAACUGCGAAUGAAGAUGAGGUCGCCGCCCCGUUGGAAUCUUCCUCUGCUGGGCCCAACAAUACGGUCGAAUCCGAAAAGCCGGUCGCCGAGGAAUCGGCGGAAGUCGUGCAGCCGACCAUGUCCUCCACACCACCUCGCAAUAAGCAUGCUCCCUCAGCUAUUUCAAGCCCAUCGUCAUCAUCAAAAUCGCAUGCUCCAGCCAGCCAGCCACCUUCCCAGUCAGCAUCACCUACGCGAUCGAAAAAGUCAAUCCCUAUCCAUGGCGGAGCACCAGCUCAAAGCCCAGGUGCGGCAUCCGUUCGGACACGAAGAUCAUCUGUUUUGGCUCAGCCGCAUCCUCCUCCCGCCACCACCGCUCGACCUGCCAGACCUACAACAAAUAAGCAGACAGUAACAUCAUCGGGUGCAAAGUCUCGAUCAAAGUCUCCCACCCGGCCGGCCCGCCUUCCUGCGGCGGCUACUGUACCAACUGCCUCGUCUGCUGCAAAGUCCGGCACUGGCUCGUCUCCUAGCCGGUCAAACAAUCUUUCCAGGAAAUCGUCCAAGGUUGCUCGUAAUCCCUCUUCGGGAACUCGUCCAACGGCACAGCCUUCUACCGUGUCGCGGAAGCCCCAGGCUCCUUCAGCGCAAGACCAUUCCGAACGGCCCGGGUCUCGAGCGAGCCAUCCAGGUCCCAAAAUCUCAAGGGAUGAUUUCUUUGCUCGUAUGAUGCGUCCUACGGCCAGCUCUGCGAGCAAAGUUCACGAAAAAGUUGAGCCGAAAACACACGCGCCCGCUAAAAAGCCUCUACCAAAAUCAGGAAGCUCAGCUACGCAUGCGCCGAGGACUGGGCUCACUGAAGGAUCGCACAAAGUGCAAGGAAGGGCAAACGGAUCAGCAGCCGUAGGUGGUCCCGUAGAGCGUUCGGAAGGGAAAGAUUCUCAGGCCUGAUGGAGGACGUGCCCAGGAUACGGUUGGAAACCAACCGAUCAUUUUCGCGCCCUCAAGCUCUGAUCCAUUCACGUGAGGUGAAUUGCACUCAUCGCAUGUACUCUUUUUUGAGGAGUUAUGUCAUUAGCACAAAAGAAGGACCCACGACUAAAUUAUAUCUGACGGACCUGGCAAAGGCUCCUUCUGGUUAAGGAGUUGGUGGGUAAAAGCAUAGAAUCUCUGCACUGUAGAAUAGUUUCCUCG